AAUGUGCAGAAGAAGACGGUCUGAGCAGCAGUGGUUCUGGUUUUUGUCUGUUUUCCUUUGCCUCUGUGAGUUUCUGGGUUGCAACAAGCCUCUUGUGAAACGUCCUGACAGAGAAAUGUUGAAAAUUCCCCCAUCUCCAUGUGCUGUGAGAAAUACCCCAGCUAUGGCUCUGUCUGCACAUCAGAUUCGAGUCCGUGCAGACUGCCCGGCACUGACGGAGCUGCCCUAGCUCCUCCUCCUGCAGGAGGGCUGUGCUUGUGGCCGUACUGGUAACGUGGACGGACUCUUGGUGAAGAGCGAUGCUGUGGCAGCGAUAAUGAACCAGCAAGAGAGAGUCAGUCCUGGGACUGCAGUUGUUCUCUUUCACAGGAGCUGUGGCCAGUACAAGACUCUGCCCCAGAAUGCUCCAGGGUGGCACUGCAUCCCCAGUGGAUCUGCAAGCCAAAUCACUCACGUCUCCCAGAGCUGUGACAAGCCCGCAGCCCUGCAGGGGAACCAUACAGAGUGGCACUGCAUCUUGGCGGUGCCUCAAAGCAAAGAGGACAGCUGGAAGUGCUGUCCAGAGGGCUGGAGACCCUUUCAGGAAAGCUGCUAUUACUUCUCGGGUGAUCAGAUGCCCUGGGAUGAGAGCCAGCAGAACUGCAGUGGGAUGGGCUCCCAGCUGGUGGUGAUCAAUACAGAAGCAGAGCAGGAGUUCCUCUUCAGCUCAGUGAAAGGACUAGUUACUAACACCUAUGAAACAAAAUAUUACAUGGGCCUGUCUGCUCACAAAACUGGGAAAUGGCAAUGGGUGGAUCGGACUCCAUAUAAGAAGAUGGCCACGUUCUGGAAACCUGGAGAACCCAAUUUGCUCUUUGCAGAAAAAUGCGCUGCAAUUCAUGUCAAGGGAAACACGGACUCCAACACAUACAGUAACUGGAACAACAUCCUUUGCUCUACAAGUUGCUACAGAAUUUGUGAAUUGGCAGUCAAAUUUGUCUGAGGGAGGUGUCCUGGUUUUGGUUGGGAUGAUGUUAAUUUUCUUCACUGUAGCUGGUAUUGUAGUGGAACAAACUGUCCCUUGGAAAUGAAAGGUAUCGUCUAAGUUUAUUUAAGGAUCCCUAUAAUCAACAAUCAUUUAUGUAGCACAGGACAAAAAAUAAUCUAUGUUCAAUGUUUAACUUAGCGUCCAUUUGAUCAGGGACAAAUUGCUCUUUCUCGAAGGAAGAAUGGAAAGGAGGCAACAGAAUGCAGCCUUAAAUUGUCCUUAGGUGAUGUGACCACAUAUGGAUGAAAAGGGUUAGGGAAGACCACUGAAGACCACCAAGGGCCCCCAAAGAAAAAUGUAUGAGCAGAAGGGUCUGAAAAGGUGGCAAGAAGAAUGAUGCCACAGGAUUAUGGAAGUCAUGUAGAUUAGUAUUAAUAUGUAUUAAAUAGAGAGAAUAUGCAUGAAUUUACUGUAGCAAAGAAACCAGCAGUGGGCGUGCUUGAGUUAUGGAAAAUCUAUCAAGUACCCAGGCCUGAAUAAAAGCAAUAUCUCUCCUGA